AUGGCGUUGAAUGACCCGACCCUCGAAAAGGGCGCCAAAGAUUCCGAGUUUCCUCCCGACUACGAUGAAGAGGGCUUUUCUCGCAGAGGCAGCCGGGUAGCGAGCGUGCACGACGCGAACCGCGCCACCAUUGGAAAGCAGCUUGAAUUAGAGGCCGAAGAUGCGAUCAAGUAUCGUACCUGCAGCUGGCAGAAGACUGCCGCCUUGCUCUUCUCCGAGUACAUCUGUCUCGCCAUCAUGUCGUUCCCCUGGUCGUACUCGGUCUUGGGUCUGGUUCCUGCCCUCAUUUUGACUGUUUUCAUCGCCGCUGUGGUCUUGUACACAUCGCUUGUGCUUUGGAAAUUUUGUUUGCGCCACCCCGAGAUCCGCGACGUGUGUGAUAUUGGUCAAUACCUCUUCUGGGACUCCAAGAUCGCCUGGUGGGCCACCGCAGUCAUGUUUUUGCUCAACAACACCUUUAUCCAAGGUCUGCACAUUUUGACCGGUGCCAAGUACCUGAACACCAUGACCGGACAUUCGACCUGUACCAUCAUUUUCUCGGUCGUCACCGGCAUCGUCUCUUUCUUUUGCUCUUUGCCACGAACCUUUGAUGGCUUGUCCAAGAUGGCUACGGUCUCGGCUUUUUUCACCUUCAUUUCCGUCCUGCUCGCCACCAUCUUCGCUGCAAUCGAAGCGCACCCGACUGGCUACGACGCGGCCACCCUGGGAGAGCCUCUGGUCACUGCCUUCCCCGUCAAAGGAACUACCUACGUGACCGCCAUGAGUGCGUUUUUGAACAUUAGCUACACCUUUAUCGGACAAAUUACGCUUCCCAGUUUUAUCGCCGAGAUGAAGGAACCCCAGGAAUUUUGGAAAUCAGUCGUCGCCGUCACCAUCGCCGAGAUAUUUGUCUUCAGCAUCGUUGGUGCCGUCUGUUACGCCUACAUCGGAAACCAAUACAUGACUGCUCCCGCCUUUGGUUCUCUCGGCAAUGAAAUUUAUAAGAAGAUCGCUUUCUCGUUCAUGAUUCCCACCUUGAUUUUCCUCGGUGUCCUUUACGCCUCCGUCUCUGCCCGUUUCGUCUUCUUGCGCUUGUUUGACGGUACCCGCCACAAGUCAAGCCACACCGUCGUCGGGUGGAGUUCAUGGGCUGGUAUUUUGGCUGUGCUGUGGGCUCUCGCCUUUGUCGUGGCCGAGGUCAUUCCCUUCUUUUCCGAUCUGCUCUCCAUCAUGAGCUCCCUUUUUGAUUCCUUCUUUGGAUUCAUCUUCUGGGGCGUGGCUUACAUUCGCAUGCGGAGUGCCGACCACGGUCCCGACUUUUACAAAACCCGUGGCAUUCGCGGCUGGGUUGGCUUCUUGGUCAAUGUAUUCUUCAUCUUGGUCGGUAUUUAUUUCCUGACUGCAGUGAGAUAUUCCUAUCGAGGACUUAGGUCUCUUUGCGCGACUCGUCAAUUGCCCACCGCCGUGGUCAAUGGCGCUCAGCAACUUCGUCCCUUGCCGGGGACCGGUAACGGCGUCCGAGGUAUUUCCUCUUCGUCCAGGCAGAGUGUGCGCCGAGCUUCUCGCCCAGCAUGCUACGCCAAUGGCCAGCCGACAAGCAUCAGAUCUGCUUCGUCCCAAGCGGGCUUGAAGAAGACUCAGCUGUAUGAUCUCCAUGUCGCUCGUGGCGCCAAGAUGGUGCCGUUUGCCGGCUAUGAUAUGCCGCUGCAAUACAGCGACCUGUCGCAUCUGGAGAGCCACCACUGGACGAGAGAGAAGGCCAGUCUUUUUGAUGUCAGCCACAUGGUUCAGCACCGCCUGACAGGCCCCGGAGCUCUGCCGCUGUUGAUGAAAGUCACACCCUCGGCGCUUGACACGCUGGGAAACAACCAAUCGACAUUGUCAUGCCUUUUGGAAGAUGGCACUGGCGGCAUUGUCGACGACACCGUCAUUACGCGACUAGCACCCGAAUCGUUCUACUUUGUCACCAACGCCGGGCGACGAGACGAGGACCUGGUCUUCCUGAGCGCCGCAAUCGACGCGUACCGCAAGGAGCACGGCGCCGACAGCAUUCAAUGGGAGAUCCUCAGCGACCGGGCCCUGGUCGCUCUCCAGGGGCCAUUGGCAGCGUCGGUGCUGCAGUCCUUCAUCUACACCGGGGAGGGCGAAGACCCGGCCCUGACAGACCUCAACACUCUGUACUUUGGCCAAUGCCGCGAGCUGUACCUGACACUCGCCGACGGAUCCAAGUCUGCGCAUAGACUGCUCAUCUCCCGCACGGGAUACACUGGUGAAGACGGGUUCGAAAUCUCCAUCCCCACGACGUCAUCGUCGUCGUCCCUGCCAGCCCAAGUCACCGAGCUCCUCCUCUCGCAACCCGAGAAAGUGCGUCUAGCCGGGCUCGCGGCACGCGAUUCUCUCCGCCUCGAAGCCGGCAUGUGCCUGUACGGCCACGACAUAUCCACAGCACAGACACCGCCCACGGCCGCGCUCGGCUGGGUCGUCGGACGGAACCGCCGCGACCCCGACUCUCCAGCCUCGCAAUUCAACGGCGCCAGCGUGAUUCUACCACAGCUAGCGUCCCCGGCAAAAACGCUAUCGCAGCGCCGCAUCGGGCUCACCAUUGAAAAGGGCUCUCCCGCGCGUGAGGGCGCGGUUAUUGUUGACCCGGCCGACAAGACUACUCAAAUCGGUGUCGUUACCUCGGGUCUUCCUAGCCCCUCGCUCGGUGGCACAAACAUUGCCAUGGGGUAUAUCAAGCAAGGAUUUCACAAGAAGGGCACCGAAGUGGAGGUCCUCGUUCGUAACAAGGUGCGCAAAGCAACGGUGACUCCGAUGCCGUGGGUACCGAGUAAAUUCCAUCGACCUGCUUGA